AUGCCCGCCCUCAGCGAUGCUUCUGUCACACCCCUCUCAUCCUUACGGGUAUCGCGCCACUUGAUCCCCGCCCACGGUCUCAUCCCUAACACGUCCCUCCAGGACAAGCCGCUCCUCAUUUACCACUCCGCCUUUGCCGGUUCACCGUCGGCUGAGAAAAUCGAGUCGCAUCUCCGUUCCCUGGGAGUUGUCGAGCCACAGUGGCAGUACAGCAUGUACAGCACUACACACUUCCACAGCACCACACACGAAGUCCUGUGUGUCAGUGCCGGCCGUGCCCGUCUGUGCUUUGGUGGCGAAGAAAAUGACGGGCGCGUUGAGGUUGACGUCAGCCCCGGGGACGUCAUCGUGGUCCCUGCUGGUGUCGGUCACCGAUUGCUGCGAGAGGAAGGCGGCGGCGCGUUCCAGAUGGUCGGGUGCUACCCGGUCGGGAACCAGCAGUGGGACAUGUGCUACGGCAACCCCAGCGAGAAAUCGAAGAUUGAUGGAAUCGCAAGCCUGCCGUGGUUCAAACGCGAUCCUGUCUAUGGUGCUCAUGGCCCGGCCACGCUAGAAUAA